AUGAACGAUUUCGAUGGCCUUCUGGCUUCCGAUUUCGGCCUCAAACCGCAAGGUAAAUCCGCUCCAAUGGCUCAACCACCUAAAGGAUCUUCCAAUCAUCCUAAUUCAACUUCUCUCAACUUCGAUUUCGGAUCGCGAUCCGCUCGUGCAUCUGAUUCCAGAUUCGGAUCCUCAACCGCCCGUCACCCGCGCGACGGUGGUAGUUUCGACGAUCUGUUCGCCCCAACCGGAUCCAAGCCUCGUGGAGCCGAUGCGCCGUUCGAUUUGGACUCCAUGUUUACGGGAUCCGGCGGUGAUUUCGCAUCUAAGUCAGGGAAUUCUUCUCCGCCGCCGGUUUAUGACAAACCGGUAUAUGAUGAUGAUGUUUUUGACGGUGUGCCUGGGUUGAAGAGCACGGGGAAGAUUAAUUUUGAUAAUGUUUUUGCGUCUCCGAAAACGGAAAGUGGCGCAUUUGACGAUCUUCUCGAUGGAUUUGGUAAGGAAUCGAAGGGUUCUGGUAGGAAGGGUUCUGAGAAAGAGGAUAAAGGUGGUUCUGAUUUUGAUGAUUUACUACCUGGAUUCGGAAGAAGUAAACCACCUUCUAGUGACAGGCAUGCUCCUGAUAUUGGUUUGUCCUCAGAACCAACUGUCAGUGUAUCUAAAACGUCAUCCACUGCAACAGAAGACCCUUUCAAAGUAUUUGAAUCAACGUCACCCCCAAUGGAUUCAUCCACUGGCAAAUUUACCGACCCUUUGGAAGAAAUUAGUAAAUUUAGUAGUUCUAGAAGCACAAAAAAUAGUAGUUCAUCAACUUCAAAUGGCCGAGUAUAUGAAGAUAUUGACCCAUUUGACGGGCUCGGAAGAUCUGUUCCAGCAUUCUCAUCCGAGAAAAAUAGCAGUAAGACUAACAGUUCUCAAGGGUUGAACACAAACACAAGUUGGACUAGAGAUAAAGAGCCAGUUGAUAAGUUGUCUGAGACGAGUCCAGAUAGGCACUCACCAAAAGACACUCCCGUUGAAAGUGAUCCGGAUUUUCUGCAGCCCCCAUUUUACAUGCCUACAUUUUCAUCUGAUUCUAAUAAACCAGUUGGCCAAAGGUCUACUUCCCCUCCAAAUAGUAUGUCUCCAAAGUAUGAAGAGAACUUGGAAUCUUAUGAGGAUGUAUGGUUGACUGUGUCAGAGAUUCCUCUUUUUACGCAACCAACCACUGCUCCACCACCUUCAAGACCCCCUCCUCCACGACCGGUGCAUAUUCCCAAGUCAGGAACAGGGUCACCGUCUUCUACCAAUACUAGAAAGAAGGCUAAUGAAUCUUCUUUCCCAAGUUCCACUCGAUUCUCCCAUGCUCCUAAGUCUGCUACAGCUGCAGCAGCAGCAUCCCCAACAUCUCAAUUUGAUGAACUUGAUGAUUUUGCCAUGGGCAAUAGUCAUAGUAAUGAUGUUGAGAGUGGAAAUGGUCUUCCUGAAGAUGAGUGGGAGAGGAACACGGCUGCUGCAGCCAUGAAGGAAGCAAUGGAUAAGGCUGAGGCUAAAUUUAGGCACGCAAAGGAAGUCAGGGAGAGAGAGUAUACAAAGGCUGCUAAAAGCAAAGAAGCUGUGCAACCGGAAAAAGAUGACAGAGCUAUACUAGAGGAGAGAGAAAAACAAGAAAGGUUAGAACGUGAGCGGCAGCAAAAGGAGAGAGAGGAAAAGGAGCAAAGAAGAUUAAUGAAAGAAAGGGAGGAGAGAGAUAAGGCUAGACAGGCUGUAGAAAGAGCUACAAGAGAAGCUCGUGAAAGAGCGGCUGUUGAAGCACGCCAGAGAGCUGAGAGGGCUGCUGUUGGGAAAGCUAAUGCUGAAGCUCGAGAGCGUGCUGAAAGAGCUGCAGUGCAAAGGGCACACGCUGAAGCUCGUGAAAGGGCUGCUGCCGAAGCCAAGGCAAGAGCUGAAAAGGCUGCUGCUGAGGCAAAGGAGAGGGAAGCCCGGGAAAAAGCUACAGCUGCAAGGGCUGAAGCUGAAGCACGAGUUAAAGCUGAACGUGCUGCAGAAAGGGCUGCUGCCGAGGCCAGAGAGAGGGCUGCAGCUGCUGCAAGGAUGAACCAACAGAAGAAUGAAAAUGAUCUUGAAUCCUUCUUUGGCAUGGGUGCAAGACCCAACAGUGCUCCAAGGCCUCCUAGGACUAAUUCUACAGAGUCGGUAUUUGAAACCCAAUUUCAGGCCGAUACAACAAGGAAAUCUACUAGUGUAUCUUCAAAUAUGAAGAAAGCAUCAUCAUCUACUAAUAUUGUGGAUGAUCUAACAUCAAUCUUUGGAGCUGCUCCGUCAUCUGGAGAGUUUCAAGAAGUUGAAGGGGAAAGUGAAGAAAGGCGAAAAGCUAGGUUGGAACGCCACCAAAGAUCUCAGGAGCGUGUGGCAAAAGCAUUGGCUGAGAAGAAUCAGCGGGACUUGCAAAGUCAAAGAGAGCAAGCUGAGAGAAGUAGGCUUGGUGAAACACUGGAUUUUGAAAUUAAGCGGUGGUCUGCAGGAAAAGAUGGGAACUUACGAGCUUUGCUCUCCACCUUACAAUAUGUGCUGUGGCCUGAAUGUGGUUGGCAGCCGGUUGGUUUAACUGAUUUGAUUACAGCCGCUGCUGUUAAAAAAGCUUACAGGAAAGCUACUUUGUGUAUCCAUCCUGAUAAAGUGCAGCAGAAAGGUGCCACUCUUCAGCAGAAAUAUAUUGCUGAGAAGGUGUUUGACCUACUCAAGGAAGCGUGGAACAAAUUCAAUUCUGAGGAGCUCUUCUAA